AUGUAUGUCAAGCAGAUCAUUAUCCAAGGCUUCAAGAGCUACAAGGAUCAAACGGUCAUUGAGCCAUUCUCCCCUAAACACAACGUCAUUGUCGGCCGUAAUGGUUCGGGCAAGAGUAACUUCUUCGCGGCCAUUCGAUUCGUCCUCAGCGAUGCUUAUACUCACCUUGGAAGAGAGGAGCGCCAAGCCCUCUUACAUGAAGGUUCCGGCUCUGCUGUGAUGUCUGCCUACGUCGAGAUCAUUUUCGAUAACUCUGAUGAUCGAUUCCCCACCGGAAAACCCGAGGUAGUCUUGCGUCGAACCAUCGGUAUCAAGAAGGACGAAUACACCCUAGACCGCAAGAAUGCCACCAAGAACGACGUUAUGAAUCUGCUCGAGUCGGCUGGUUUCUCUCGAUCCAACCCUUACUAUAUUGUUCCCCAAGGCCGUGUAACUGCGUUGACCAACAUGAAGGACUCUGAGCGCUUAGUUCUACUCAAGGAGGUUGCUGGCACUCAGGUCUAUGAAGCUCGUCGCUCGGAGUCCUUGAAGAUUAUGAAUGAAACCAACAGCAAACGAGCCAAAAUCGACGAACUCUUGGAUUACAUUAACGAACGACUUGCUGAGCUUGAGGAGGAAAAAGACGAGCUUCGGAGCUAUCAGGAGAAAGAUAAAGAGCGCCGCUGCCUAGAGUACACGAUUUACUCCCUCGAACAGCAAGAGAUCGGCAGGGUUCUCAAUGAAAUCGAAGAGCGGAGACAGAAUGGCGUCGAGGAUGCGGACAACAACCGAGAUCAAUUUAUCGAAGGUGAAAAGGCCAUGGCUCAGAUUGAUGCCGAGAUCGCAGAAUGCCGACAGCAGAUCGAGUUCCUAAAAGUUGAUAAGGUCCAACUUGAGGAUGAACGUCGUGAAGCUUCCAAAUCAUUAGCUCAAAAUGAAUUGCAGGCCAAAUCUCUUUCUGAUAACCAGGCUGCAGCCCAAGCAUUGAAAUCACGCUACGACGCCGCCCUUACCUCUGUUCAGACGGCUAUUGCCGAACGUGAAGCCGAACACCAGGAGAUUCUUCCUCGGUUCAAUGCCUUGAAGGAUCAGGAAGAUACUGUCAAAUCGCAAUUAACGGACGCUGAGACGUCACGUCAGCGUUUGUACGCGAAGCAGGGCCGAAACUCACGAUUUAAGAACAAGUCCGAACGUGACAAGUGGCUUAACAUGGAAGUCCGCGAAAGCCAAAACUCUCUCAACGCUGUGCAAAGUGUGAUCACGCAGACUCAAGAAGAUAUCCAAGACCUUGAAAACGAGAUCGCUGCUCUGGAGCCGGAGACUGAACGCUUGCGUCAGCAAAUCGAUGGACGUGGUGACACAAUGCAUUCUGUAGAUCAACAAGUCCAAGAUGCCAAGGAUGAAAGAGAUCGUCUGAUGGAUCAGAGGAAGGAACUUUGGAGAGAGGAGGCGAAGCUUGACUCCGUGCUCUCUAACGCAUCUCAGGAGGUGGACCGUGCCGAGCGCAAUCUCUCCCACAUGAUGGAUAACAACACCAGUCGCGGAAUCGCCGCAGUGCGCCGAAUCAAGCGCCAGCAUAACCUUGAAGGAGUCUACGGUACUCUUGCCGAGCUUUUCGAUGUCAGCGAUAGAUAUCGUACCGCAGUCGAAGUUACCGCCGGGCAGAGUCUAUUCCAUUACGUUGUCGAUACCGAUGAAACUGCGACGACUGUUCUCGAGAUUCUACAAAAGGAAAAGGCCGGCCGUGUGACGUUUAUGCCUCUGAACCGACUUCGUUCUAGACCGAUGAAUAUGCCCCGUGCUAGCGACACGAUACCCAUGAUCGAUAAGUUGCAGUAUGACCCUGCAUACGAACGAGCCUUCCAGCACGUUUUUGGAAAGACCAUCAUUUGCCCAAAUUUGCAGGUUGCGUCGCAAUAUGCACGCAGCCACGGUGUUAAUGCUAUCACCCCUGAGGGUGAUCGAUCAGACAAGCGUGGUGCCUUGACUGGAGGAUACCACGACUCCCGUCAGUCUCGACUAGAGGCUGUCAAAGGUCUAGGAAAGUGGCGAGAUGAAUACGAGACCAAGAAAAACCGCGGCACCGAAAUUCGGAAAGAAUUGGAGAAACUCGACCAGCUGAUCACUAGAGCCGUGGGUGAACUACAGAAGCUCGAGCAACAAAGACAUCAGGUCCAAAACAGCAGUGGACCUUUGCGACAAGAGUUGAGGGCCAAGCGUGAUCUUCUUCAAAACAAGAACGACAACCUCGAUGCUAAGCGACGCGCCCUUCGCAAUGUUGAAUCUAACCUUGCGGCACUGAAUGAUCAGGUCAAUGCAUUCCAGACAGAAUUGUCGUCACCUUUCCAAAAGGCCCUCACCAGUGAAGAGGAGGCACGGCUGGAGACUUUGAGCAGCACGGUACAAGAUCUGCGUCGUCAGUACCAGGAACUUUCAAGUCAACGCAGUGAGCUCGAGGCGCGAAAGUCGGUGCUGGAAGUUGAGCUUCGAGAGAACCUCAACCCUCGCCUUGACCAAUUACUCAACAGAGAUGUUGACAUUGCCGACGAGGAAGUUCAGGGCAACUUGAAGGAGACACAGCGCGAAGUGAAGCGCAUCAGUCAAGCAUUGGACAAGCUUAAUGCACGACUCCAGGAGGUUGACGCCUUGAUUGAGGAAGGUAACACUCGUGUCGUGGACUUGCAACAGCGCAAUGCAGAGACCCGACGCGAGAUUGAAGAACUUGCCAGAUCUAUUGAGAAGCAUCAACGCCGUAUGGAAAAGAGCAUGCAAAAGAAAGCAGCACUCACCAAGCAGGGUGCGGAAUGUGCAGCUAAUAUCCGUUCCCUCGGUGUUCUUCCAGAUGAAGCCUUCACCAAGUAUCAACACACUGACUCCAACACUGUUGUUAAGAAGCUCCACAAGACCAAUGAGGCCCUCAAAAAAUAUUCACACGUCAACAAGAAGGCGUUUGAACAGUAUAACAGUUUCACUAAGCAGCGUGAGACUCUGACGAGUCGUCGUUCUGAGCUGGAUGCAUCGCAAAAGUCCAUCGAUGAUCUCAUUUCUGUUCUUGACCAGCGCAAAGACGAGGCCAUUGAGCGAACCUUCAAGCAAGUCUCUCGUGAAUUCCACAACGUGUUUGAGAAACUUGUUCCUGCCGGUCGCGGUCGUCUUAUCAUUCAAAGGAAGACCGACCGUGCUGCACAAGCCGACGACGAUCUUGAUUCUGAUGACGAGCAAGUUCGGCAGAGUGUCGAGAACUAUGUCGGUGUUGGUAUUAGUGUUAGCUUCAAUAGCAAGCACGACGACCAACAACGUAUCCAACAGCUGAGUGGUGGACAGAAGAGUCUUUGCGCUCUCGCACUGGUGUUCGCCAUCCAGGCUUGCGACCCUGCACCAUUCUAUCUAUUUGACGAGAUCGAUGCCAACCUGGAUGCCCAGUAUCGCACAGCUGUUGCACAGAUGCUCAAAUCCAUCUCAGAUUCGACCAACGGACAAUUCAUUUGUACUACCUUCCGGCCGGAAAUGCUGCAUGUGGCAGAGAAAUGCUACGGUGUGAGCUUCCGGCAGAAGGCUAGUACGAUUGAUGUUGUUUCCAGGGAGGAGGCUCUGAAGUUCGUGGAAGAGCAGAAGACGUGA